GCUGGCAUGCUGUGGUAGAAGAAGAAGGGCGUGUAUGGAAGGGCUGUGUGAGGUGUGACAGCAGCACAAUGCACCUGACAGGAGGGCUGAUUACAGUCACGUCUUCCUGCUCCAGCCUAGUCAAACUGCACUGAUUACAGGAUAUCAUAAGAUUGACAUCAUGGAGGUGAAGCGGUUAGUUUACAGUGUCGUUCUCCUGGUUUUAACAGCUACAGGAAGCAACGCACAGUUAGAUGUUUGUGGCACAGCGCCGCUCAACUCCCGGAUCGUGGGAGGCGAGGUCGCCCCCGCGGGGUCGUGGCCUUGGCAGGCCAGUCUGCACAACCGCUUCGGACAUUUCUGUGGAGGCUCCCUGAUCACCAACCAGUGGGUCCUGAGUGCUGCUCACUGCUUCUCCAGCUCCAGUACAUCGGGUCUCACCGUCUAUCUGGGUCGGGAAAACCAGCAGCUGUUUAACUUUGACGAGGUGUCCAGGUCGGUGGCCGAGGUCAUCAGACAUCCCGACUACGACAACACGCCCAACAACAACGACGUCGCCCUGCUGCGUCUGUCCUCGCCGGUCGAAUUCACCAACCACAUCAGACCGGUGUGUCUGGCGGCGGACGGCAGCGUGUUCAAUGCUGGGACGACCUGCUGGGUCACCGGGUGGGGAACCAUCCGAAGUGAUGUUCCUCUCCCGUUCCCACAGACGCUGCAGGAGGUGAGCGUCCCCAUCGUGACCAACAAUCGGUGUAGUAAAGCCUACACUUCGAUCACAAGCAACAUGGUCUGUGCCGGUCUGGAGGAGGGAGGGAAGGACUCCUGCCAGGGCGACUCCGGCGGCCCGCUGGUGAGUAAAAUGGGCUCCAUUUGGGUCCUGGGUGGAGUGGUGAGUUUUGGACGAGGCUGCGCUGAGCCCAACUUCCCAGGAGUCUACGCCCGGGUGUCCGAGUACCAGUCCUGGAUCAACGGCCGCAUCUCCAACGGCCUGCCGGGCUUCGUCACCUUCUCGGGCAACGGGACGAUAUCUGGAACCGCUCAUCGGGUUUCCUUCUCCGUCCCUCUGCUGCUGUCCAUCCUGCCGGUCCUCUUCUCUCUCUGUGUGCUCUCAUAGGAAGUCUAAUGGGGACAUAAUUCAUUCAUUCAUUCAUUCAUUCAUUAAUGAAUUAAUUAAUUCAUUCAUUAAUCAAUGCACCAGUACAGAGCCAGUAUCACCCGCUGCCUUCUCCUCUCACUGAGAUCCAUUUAUCUUUAAAACAAGCAAAAUAAUCUUCGAGAUAUCACAAACUUAUAUCAACAAAAUUAUGAUUUAAAAACUUUCUUGAUUAAUCGACUCAUCGUUUUGUCUUUAAAAUAACAGAAAAUCCUAAAAAAAAAAUCAUCUCUUUUCUUUCUUCUGCUGCACAAAAACAUGAUGUUCAAAAGAAUAUAGAAGUUAUGUAUUUAUAUAUAUAUACAGAUAUAAUGAUCUGUAACUUACAGUGUGUUUUACCAGAACACCUCUUGUUAUAUCUUUGGUUGGGGCUGCAACUAACGAUUAUUUAAUCUGCAGAUUAUUUUCUUAAUUAAUCAAUAAAUUAUUUUGUUUAUAAAAUGUUAGAAAAAAAAUACAAAAACUAUAUAUAAUUUCCCACCAUCUAAUCUUCACAUUUGAGAAGCUGGAACUUCAGAAUAUUUGUCUGUUCUCUUGUAAAAUUACUUAAAUCAUUUAUCAAAAAUAGUUAUUGAUUAAUUUUCUACUUUUGUUUAAUCGUUGCAGAAAUAAGUUAAAGUGGAAACAGGUGAAAUAAUCUUUAAACUUCGUUCGUUAAUGAAGUUAUCAGUUAAUAAAAUGACGAUUGUUAAAAAAAGCUAUUAAAAAUAAUUAAUCAGUAAUGUAUUAAGUAAAAUAAAUAAAUUAAAAGAUCAUUAAUUAACUAUUUUCUUAUUCUGUAUUGAAAUCAUGAAUUUAUGAUUAAGAUUUAAAAAGUAAAAUUAUUCUAAACGUUUUUUUUUUAAUUGAGUAAAAUUAAAAAAAAUUACAAAUAUUGAUUUUCCCUUUUAAUAUUUACAAUUUCCAUUUUGUGGAUGGUUGUUUAGAUUUAAAGUUAAAUCUUUAACAAAAAUAAGUUGAUUAAUUUAACAAUUAAUUGUGAGGUGGAAUAUGUUUGGCUGACACAUAAGUAAAUAUAUACAAUUUAUUUUAAAAAAUCCUUUCUACUGUAAAAUUAAAUUAUUAAUUCAUCAUUUAAAGACAAAUUAAGGAAAUUAUUAAUCGAUAAAUGUAAUUAUUUAUUUAAAAUAUAGUUUAAAUUGGAGAAUUUAUCAACAUGGUUAUAAUUAAAGAAUACAAGUUAAUAAUUAUCUAAAUCUAUUUAAGAAAUUAAUCUGAACUGAUUUUAGCCUGAAAACGAUCAAAUAUGCAGAUUAAUAAUCAGUCUUUGUUCUAAUGUUUCUACUUUAAAAUUUCUGUUGAUUUUCAUUUUAUUUGUUUAUGACCUCAAAUAUUAAACUUUUGUACUGGUGGUGAAUUUUAGAAGUGAAUGAAUUUGAUAUGGAGCGAUGGACUUUAAUACCUCUAUAAUCUAUGCAUUAUUACCUAUUAAUAUAUAUAUUUUUGCACAAAACAGAUGCAACUGUGAUUUAGUUUUUAAGCAUUCAACACUCGAAGUACAGAUUAUAUUUACACUAUAAGCACUUCCAUAAUGAAACAUUUAGUCAAACAUGUGAAACACCAGUCAGUGUGUUUAGUUCAAUAUGACAACAAGUGAAAUGUAUAAUAAAUAUUAUUCAAUAUGUUGUAACACCAGAUACAAAGCGACUGUCUGUCUGACUGUAUUAUGUUCAAUAAAAUAAAAUAAAUUCUAAACA